AUGUCGCUCUAUGUCGACGAUCUGGACUCGAAUGUCACUGAUUCCCAGCUUUACGAUCUGUUCAACCAGGUCGUUCAGUUGGCCUCGAUUUGUGUCUGUAGGGACCUGACCACGCGACGAUCAUUGGGCUAUGGUUAUGUUAAUUACAGCAACCCGACUGACGCUGCUCGGGCUUUGGAGGUGCUGAACUCUACUAAUCUUAAUGAGAAGCCAAUUAGGAUUAUGUAUUCUCGACACAAUCCUAGUAUCCGUAAAAUUGGGGCUGGAAAUAUGUUCAUCGAGAAUUUGGACAUGGGGAUUGACCAAAAGCAUCACAUGGUUCAAUCUCAGAACGUGACCCCGGGAGUGAACGCGGUGCGGAACCAAUAG